UCAAAAACAUUUGUUAUAUUUUCAGUUAUGGUUAUUGUUGAUGUUUGUUGGUUGGUAACAUUUCGAAAAUUUAUACGAUGAUGAUGCGCUCCAUCUGGUACGUGUAGCGAGAAGAUCAGUCAAAACAAAAGAUUCACGUGCGAUUUCGAGGUUAGUUUUAAGUUUUUAGUCUUAAGAGACGGACAGGAUGGUUCUCAAGAAGAAGUUCAACCCGAAUCGCGCGAGAUUGGAGAAGCGCAAAAGGAAAGGAAAAGACGACGAAAAUGAUGGAGAGGUUAAGAAAGCGAAGAAAAAUCACGAUUUGAAUUCGAAGCAGUUCCACGAUAUCACCGUGCUGCUGGAAACAAUGAAGAAACGAUUCCCGACGUUCAAAGAGAAAGAGGAUAAGGCGAAUGAAGCUUUCGCUGAGAUGGAGGUGGACUUGAGUGUUUACUCGAACAACUUCCUCGGGAGUCAGGCAUUGGAGAUUAUGAUCCCGCUGCUGAGUGUGGAGAAUCUGCAGAAAUGUUUUGCUGUUUAUCAAUCGCAAGUGGGUGCAUACUGCAAUGAGAAAUGCGGUGGGAAAACUCUGCAGACUGUUAUUAAGGAGGCUGGGAAGAGGUCGUAUUCCCAUGCGAAUGAUGAGCACAAGAUUGCCUGUCGAGAGGCUGUUCUCAGUUUCUCAAAGGCUAUAAUUAAUUUGACCGAGAGCUUGAUUACGAAUACCUAUGGGAGUCACACAUUGAGAUCGGUGCUGUUUGCUAUGUCGCAGCUUAAAGAUAGUAAGAAAGACGAUCAGAAGAUUUUGCCGGAAUACGUGGAGAUUUUGCAGAAUUUCGGUACGAAACUCUUUGGUUUUAAUAAGUUUAAAUUCUAUGCGUUCCACAAGAUGGGCACGGAAACUGUUAAAGUGACAAUGAAAGUGUUGGAUCAGCUGAAGAGUGAUCUGCUCAGGCAAUAUAUUCAAACGAUUCUCAAGCAUCUGACGUUGAAGAUGAUCUUCGAGACGCCCGUCGCGACGCUCGUCUUGGAAACAGUUUUGUUGCUCAGCAACGCCGAGGAGCAUGCUCAGGUUUACGAGACGUUCUUCAAAGGGAAACUGAGCAAGACGUUUUACGAGAGGAACGGCAGUCACAUAGUGACGAGGAUAUUGGAGAAUAUUCGAGAUAAGGAGACGUUCAAGGCUAUUUAUUCGGAGUUCAAGACGGAAUUCAAGAAAUUGGUGGCUGCGGAUAAGUUGGCUCUGCUGGAGAUAUUGUGCAGGGAGUGCAAGAAGCAGGAGGUGAAUCAGAAGGAGUUCAUGAAGAGGAUACGGAAGGCGUACACGUGCAGGACCGAGGAUAAAUUGGAUAAGUUCGUGAUCUGUUUGGCGACGAACACGCAGUUCAAGGAGCUGCAGGAGACGUACGAUUUCCGCGCUUUCGAUCUGAACAUCCACGGAACUGUGAUGAUACAAUUGCUGUGCGAGUAUCAGGAUCCGCAGAUCGUCGUCAACGGAUUCCUCGCUAUGCCUUCUGAGCAACUGUUGGCGUUGUUCGCUAAUAGGAAGGGUUGUUACAUGGCCGAUUCGUACUUCAAGAGCGAGACGAUAGAUCGCGAAGCGAAGAAACGAAUGUUCAAGAAGUUCAGGAAUAUGUUCAAGGAUUUGCUGAAGGACGAGGGUGGCGCCAAAGGGUUCAUCGCCAUCUGGAAUGGAGUGGAUCAGAGCCAGAAGAGUGUCAUCGCGAAGGAGCUGAAAGGUGACGAAUCGUGGCUGGAGAAUGAUUUCGGUGCGAAGGUGGCUGAGAAGAUCCAUUACGAGCUGUACAAAUCCGACAAGGCGGCGUGGAAAACGAAAAUCGAGGAGAAACCUACCGUCAGUUUGUUGAAACUUUUUAAAAAGUAACGUUUCUAAAGAGAAAAAAA